UCGCAAUACUCUUUCAAAAAAGUUUAUAUCAAGGAAUCAACUUGGUCUAAAGAUUACUUGCAGAAUACAGUAAAUCCUUGCAAAAUAAAUACUACUACUAUAAUGAUAAAUUUAGGAAGUCUCAAUGAAAAUGUUGUCAGGAUUAAAAUUCAAAAAGCAGCAGAAGUUUGGAACGUGUCUCAGUAUGAAGUGUGUUUAAUAUCUAAAUCCGAAAAUCAGGACAAUGUUAUCAAAAAUGAAAUAUUAAUAGCAGAGAAUUCAAAAAGCAGAAGCAAUAAAAUGAUUUUUAAAGAAUUCCCAAAUGUGAAUAAAGGAAGUUAUUAUGUAACAGUAAUGCCAAUUUUGCCAAAUAAAUUUCAGAAAUGUAAUAAAAGUUCUUCCCAAAUAUUUCACAUACAUAAAUCCAUAACUGGAAUAGGUUAUAUCUUGGCUUGGACAAUGGGUGGUAUUUUUGUAUUCAUUUUAAUUGCUGUCAGUUCAUUUUUUAUAUAUAAAAGAAAAAUAAAAUUUUCAAGAAAGACCAUUCUUUUAAUCUAUUGUCGGAAGUCGAAAGCCCAUACGAAAGUAGUCGCUCUACUCUCACGGUACUUAGAGCAGUGUUUCAAUAUCAACGUUUUGGUGUAUAUAGAUCAAUUAGACCACCCCACUUCGUGGAUCUACGAAAAUUUGGGCGAUGUCGAUUGCAUCGUUAUCGUUUUUUCGAACGGUAUGGUCGAAAGUACUUCGCCAGCCGGACUCGAAUUAUAUUUUCGUAACGAUCUAACCGCAGUCCUUGACGAACGGGGACGUAAGAAAUUUGUUAAAGUUUACUUCGACCAUUUUAAUACCGGAUUGAUCCCCAGAAAUUUGAAACAGAGGGUAUACGGACCGGAAUAUCAUUUAAUGAAAGAUUUCGGGCGAUUUAUGUGCUAUUUGUGCGACGUUCAUCCUUGUUUCCGUACCGCUUUCUCUUUCCCCGAAUCACCAGAGAAAGAAAGUUUACUAGAAGCAAUCGAUGCUGCUAGAGAUUAAA